AUGUCUGCCUCUCGCCAGGAUAUCGAGUUCAAGGCCUGUGAUGGCACUAUCCUUCGCGGAUGGUUGUAUCCGAGGGAACAGGCAUCGCCUUGUAUCAUCAUGACCCAUGGACUUGGUGGCACUCGUCAUUUCCUACUGCCCAAUUUCGCUACUGCGUUCCAUGAAGCCGGUUACGUCGUUUUGCUUUACGAUAAUCGUAACUGGGGCGACAGCGACGGCCUACCCAGGCAAGAGUCCAAUCCUGCUUUGCAACAAGCAGAUUAUUACGACGCCUUCAACUAUGCGACUACUCUGGAUUGCGUAGAUGACGCGAGGGUGGUGUACUGGGGAAGCAGCUUUUCAGGCGGUAACGUUAUUCAUGCAGCUGCUGUGGAUAAACGCAUCAAAGCAGUGAUCAUUCAAUGCCCUGCUGUUUCUGGCGAGACUCGAUCAAUCGCAUUUAAAGAUCGCAUUCCAGUAGUACUGGAAGAUAGAAGACAGAUUGUUAGCGGUUUGGGGGCACCCACUGUACCUCUUAUCGCGGAAGAUCGCGAAUCUGCCCACCCGACCAAGACAACGGCGAUGUUUCCUACUAAAGACGCCUACGACAUUCUUAAAGAACAGAGGAACUGCGGAAGCCGUUGGGAGAAUUUUGUCACAACUCAGACACAACUUCAUAUGCUCACAUUCGAAGGACAAGCUAUGAUUCACAGAAUAUCUCCUACGCCACUCCUUUUUGUAGUCCCUGGUAACGAUGUGCUUGUAUCAACAGCUUCUCAAAUGAGUGCUUUCGAAAAGGCUAGAGAGCCGAAGCAGUUGCAUUAUCUGGAAGGAUGUGGUCACUUUGACUUAUAUUUGGGUGAUCACUUUAAGCAGAACAUCCAGGCUCAGAUAGCUUUCUUGAAUACUUAUGUAAAAUAA